UUUUUGUCUCAACUAAGUCCUGCAUGAGGAAAAACAGCAGAAAACAUGCAAAUUUAGAGUGCUCAAUAGAAACUCUCUUUUAUUUUAGGUGAUUAUUUGUGCACAAUUCUCUAUUUUAAUUUCUAAAGCCCAAGCGAGCGGAAGAUGAACAGUAACACGCCCAAGAGAUUUUACCCCAUUUUUGUUUCUUAAUUACGACGCUGCCAUUCGACUUUCAGAAACUGAUAAGGAGACGGGUUGCGAGAGAGAGAGAGAGAUUGAGGUCUUCUGCGAGAGAACAUACACAGAAAGAAGAAAAGGGAAAUUCACAUCACGAGACUGAUCGGAGAGAGAAGGAGAAGAGGGGGACGGGAGGAAGAAGAGGAACCUGGGUAUUGAUCUGAAACAUCUGGCUUUUUUGGGUUUUAAUUCGUGUUUUUUUUUCCCUCUCUUCAGUUUCGACACAGAGAGAAACAAAAAGAGAGAGGGAGAGCGCAAAGAGAACAAGGGAAGAAAUGAGAGAGCUCAGAGAAUUUGUAUUUUUAUUCCAGAAUCGCAACCCGAUCUGUGUGUGGAUAUUGGCCUCGAGACCCAUUUCUUAUUUGGUCUCCAAUACCAUUUUUACAAACCUCCAGCCAAUGGCAGCCAUAGAGUUCCAUCCAAUCUAAGAAGAAAACAGACCCUUAAUGCUGCUAUGGCCCUGGAAGCUUCUUCUUCUCCAUCCAUCUCAUCGGAUAUUCAGGGAAGAAAAGGGUAUCUAGACAGUAUUUGACACACUUUGAUUCGACAAGAGGAUGACAUAAUAUUUAGACAUUUGGAGAGGGCAAAAUAUUGUUACAAUGCUAACACAUAUGACCGUGAUGCUUUCUCAAUGGAAGGAUUUCAUGGUUUGCUGGUGGAAAUCAUGGAACUGAAAAGCUGCAUGUGCCUGUGAUAAGCUAAAAGACCCAAAAAAUAAAAAUUAUACAAGUUUUGGAUCAACAAAGAACAAAGCCAAUAGUCAUCGGGGCCAAAAGAAUAGUUAGGGGCAAAACCUAAGAGGGCCUUUUUUAUUUGCAUAAUGAAGUGUUCACAGUUAUACAGACUCAUCUUUGCUUUUCAUUUGAGUUUUGGACCUGACCAUCUGUUAUUAUUUACCAUUGAAUGUCCAGAAACAAAUGUGGUUUCUUUCACUCCUAUUCAUUUGUUUGGGAUUUGACAUUUGAAUCUUGCUUGCAUGCGAGCAAGAUUCGUGCAGGAAGAAUUAUGGUGUUUAACAUGGAUGUAUGUUCCCUUUUCUGAUUUUACUCCUAUACUUAAUAUAUGCUAAAUUGUUGUUAUUUGUUUAAUCCAUUUCUGGGAAGGCCAUUCACUGGUGGAGGUUAUCCUAAAGUACCUUUUGAAUUGUGCUACUGGCAUAUGUAUAUUUUGUCUAUACAUGUGCUGCUGUUGUUUACAUUGAGAAAGGGUGUAUAGAUGGAGUUCGUUUUGCUUAAUCAAUAUGACGUAGCCUUUAUAAUAUUACAAAAAAGACAACAGAAAGUGACGUUGUUGAUUCAAAUCCAAUCAUAGCCUAAAUGGAUUGGAUUUUAGAUUAACUUGGUUUGCUCCAUCAAUAUGACAUAGCCUUUAUUGAGUUCCAUUUGAGGCUUAGAAACAAUUUACAAGUUGUGCAAUAUAUGUUAAAGGGACUUCAUUGAUAUGGCUUUGGCGGCACAGGUAUACCGGGAUCUUGACAUUGGAUCAACAAAGCCUUCACCAGGACUGGAUUUGAAGGAAACAAGGAUCUGCCUGUUGUGCUAAAGACCAUGAUUGCAGAUAGAUACUAUAUAGCUGAAUGUCUGGGUUCGGCUGCAUUCAGUAAGAUUGUAUAGGCUCAUGAUCUUCACACAGGAGUGCAUGUUUGCCUAAAGAUCAUAAAAAUGACGAUGAUUUUUCUGAUCAGAGUUUUGAUGAGAUUAUUGUAAACAAGAAGAAAAUAAACCCACAGCAUUGCGCGGGCUUUAUGACUAGCCUGACCUAUUAGGCUAUUCAGCUAUUCUACUUUGGUCAAGUGUACCCACCACACUUCUCACUGUGAAAGAAGAAUGUUCACGUUGUCCAUCAAUCACUCAAGUUCACCCUAUACCUAAGUUUUCAUUAAUGUGUUCUUUGUUUCCACAGAGGGUCAGAGAAGAAUGUUCAUUGAAUCAUUUGCACUCCUUUUGCCAGUAUUUUGGUGGUCAGUGGAGAUUGCAUACAAAUACCAGAUUUGACGCCUUCUCGAAACAGUUUUCAACCUUCAUUUGAAUUCUGUACCCGUUUGUGUUUUUAUCUUAAUUCUGCUUGGUUCUUUGCUUUGGUGUUAAAUUUGGUUCCACACCCAUUUGAAAUGUAUCAGAACUUAAACGGGUGUUUGAAUUGGGCUCUAGUAUCUGGAUUGUAAUUUGAUCAAAAUCUAUAAUAAAGCUAUCCAGAUCUUCUUCCAGUAUUAACUCUGGUAAUAGAUUCAGGUUAUGAUUGCAUGGCGCGCUCGAGAUAUGGCCAUUUUUUAUGGAUGACCUACGUGCUUUUCAUUAUGCUGUCUUGUAGUUAAAGCAAUGUUUUAAUUGAAGUAAAGCGCGCGCCCUACGUAAAGCACCACGCCCAAAAACAUGCAGCUGGAGAAUCUAUACCAAUCUUUGUCGGUCGGAUAUCUAUCCUGUACUCCAUCCACAUUCGUCAUUGAUAGAUACUCCAACGCCUUAUAAAAUUUAUAUGGAAAUGCUGACCAAAGUGGCUUCACUUGCCACUCAAGAGUUCACUCUUUUAUGGGGUUUCAAAGGAGAAUUAGCAAAUCUGCGUGAGUCGCUGCUCUUUCUUGAAGCUGUGCUACGAGAUGCUGAACAGAAGCGGCAAGAUCAGGGCGAGGCUGUGAAGCUCUGGUUGGAGAAGCUUGAAGACAUAGCUCAUCUUGCCGAUGAUGUGUUGGAUGACUACGGAUAUGAGCUUCUUCGGCGUAAGGUGGAACUGCGAAACCAAAUGAAGAAAAAGGUGCAAAACUUUUUUUCUCUCUCCAAUCCUAUCUUUUUUCGUGCUAAAAUGGCACAUAAAAUUCAGAAAAUCAACACAUCUUUGGAGGAUUUAGGUAAAAGGGCAAGUGGUUUUGGAUUUGUUGCUAGGCCUUCCAUAGACGCAACAAGCUCCUAUGAUAGAAGAAUUGAUAGGGAAACCUACUCUGAGUUCAAAAAAGAUGAAAGCAAUAUCAUUGGAAGGAAGGAUGUUGUGGAAGAUAUAGUGAAAGCCUUGACCAACUCUAACAACAGUCAGGAAAAUGAUCUUUCAGUUCUAGUUAUUGUGGGAAUGGGAGGACUUGGGAAGACCACUUUAGCUAAAUCAAUAUAUCAUGAUGAUAAGAUAAAGCAACACUUCCAAGAAAAGAUGUGGGUUUGUGUGUCUAUCCCUUUUGAAGUCAACUCGAUUUUAAGGGGGAUCUUGGAGUCUGUUAAACCUGAACAUGCUGCUGUACAAACUAGAGAUGCAAUAUGUAGAAUCCUCAAAAAGGAAUUGAAAGGGAAAAAGUAUCUUCUUGUGCUUGAUGAUGUUUGGAACGAAGAUGCUCAAAAAUGGGAAGAACUGAUCAGUUGUUUGGUAAACGUCAAUAAUACCCAAGGAAGCAGCAUCCUUAUCACUACCCGUAGCGACAAAGUUGCAAAAAUGUUGGAGACCCUUCCUAGGUGUAAUUUAGAAAAACUAUCAGAUGAUGAAUGUUGGCUUAUAUUGAAGGACAUAGCAAUUCUAGUUAGCAGUGCUUCUAUUGCUGGAGAUCAAGAAAAAAUUGGAAGGGAGAUUGCUAAAAAGUGCAGAGGCGUGCCAUUAGUAGCAAAGGUGUUGGGAAAUAUGAUGCGUUCUAAAAGGUGUGAUGAAUGGCAAUCGAUUGUGGAUAAUGGUAUAUGGGAUUUACCGGAGGAAGAAACAAGAAUAUUGACGAUUUUGAAAUUGAGUUUUGAUGAAUUGAAAUCUCCAUCGCUGAAACAAUGUUUUGCAUAUUGCUCCAUGUUCAUCAAAGAUUUUGAAUUUGAAAAGUACGACUUGAUCCAACUUUGGAUGGCUCAAGGAUGGCUUCACCCUUCUCCCAACCAAAAUAAUCUAGAGAUGGAAGACAAAGGUAAUGAAUAUUUUAAUAUUCUGUUACAUAACUCAUUUUUUCAAAAUGUGAAAAGGGAUCACCAUGGUGAUAUAAUCACGUGCCAAAUGCAUGAUCUCGUUCAUGAUCUUGCUGAACGUGUUUCAAAGUCAAAGUACUUGCGCUCCGCAUUUUCAAAUGGAGCAGUCCUUUCAGACAACUCACCUGGAUUUAAAGCUCUACGUAUUUUAAAGUUACACAAUGCAGACGUUCAGGAGUUGCCAGAUUCAAUUGGAAAGUUGAGACACUUGAGGUAUCUAAAUGUCAUGUAUACAAAGAUCAAAGCAUUUCCCAAAUCUUUGGGUCAGCUUUAUAACCUUCAGACAUUUAAAAUGCCUUCUUACCUUCAAGAGUUCCCGAAGCAAAUUGCAAAUUUGAUCAACCUACGGCAUAUUUAUUUUGAUGAAACUGUGGAAGUUCCAGCUGGGGUAUUGGGAAGAUUGACUAAUCUCCGAUCAUUACCUCCUGUAAAGAUAGGUAAGGAGACAGGAACUGGAAUUGGGGAAUUAGGUGGCUUAAACCACCUGAAAGACCACUUAAGUAUUCGUAAUCUGGAACAUGUAAGAGAUAAAGAAGAAGCAGAGAAAGCAAAUUUAGUGGAGAAGAAACAUCUACGCAAGUUAUACCUCGGAUGGACGCUUAGGAGGCCGAGCAACGGUGCUUACAGUGACGAAGUUGUACUUGAAGUCUUGCGACCGCAUUCUAAUCUGGAAUUUUUGUGGAUAUCCGGCUUCAUGGGUGUUAAAUUUCCAUCAUGGUUAUCGCUAUCCAACAACUUAAAAGAGAUUGGAUUAUCCAACUGCAACCAAUGCGAAGGAGUCACAGUACUUGGCCAUCUGCCCAAUCUUGUACGUUUGGAUUUGAGCUGGAUGCAGAACCUCAGGUGUUUGGGAAAUGAGUUUUAUGGUUAUGAUCCGGUUUCUGAUGAUACAAAGGUUUUGUUUCCUGCAUUGAAAACAUUAGAUAUUGGGUGGGCGGAAAACCUAAUUGAAUGGAUGGAAAUGCCAACGGAAAGAGUGACGGUGUUUCCUUGCCUUGAGAAUUUGGGCUUGUCCUUUUGCGACCAAUUGAGAAGUGCUCCCAGUCAUUUUCCAUCUCUGAAAAGUUUGCGGAUCAUAGGCAUGAAUAACGGAGGCAUUCCAAUAGCAAGUAUUCUAAGCAAUAGUCUGACCACUCUCACUUCUCUACAUAUAAGCAUUGUAAAGGGACUUGCUUGUCUGCCGGAAAGGUUGUUAGAAAACAACCAGAAUCUUUCAUGUUUGUGUAUAUCCUAUUGUGAGGAGUUGACUUGUAUUGCUCCGCCCCAUUCACAAGGGUAUGAGCACUGCCGCCGCGCAUCUCUUCAGGAACUGAGAAUUAGUGGGUGUCCUAAGCUGCGGUGUUUGCGUGAUUAUGGGCUAUUAUCUCUUGAGAUGUUGGAGAUAAGAGAUUGCUCCAGUCUAGAGUCCAUCCCAAUCAUCCCUGAGCACGGUGGUCUCCCAUCUCUACGCCUAUUGAGGAUCGAAGAAUGUCCUCAGUUAUCCAGUCUACCUGAUGGGCUACAAUACUGCACAUCUCUUCAAUUUUUGCUAAUAGGGAGCUGCCCAAAGAUAACGUCCAUUCCAAUUCCAUCUGAGGGCCUCCUAUCCCUUGCUCGACUGUGGCUUCGGCAGUGUCCUGAGUUAUCAAGCCUACCUAGUGGACUAGGCUGUUGCGCCUCUCUUGUUGAUUUGUCAAUAACAGAGUGCCCUAAGCUAACGUCCAUUCCAAUUGACACUCUCAGUACAACCCUCCGUCAAUUGACAAUCCAGGGAUGUCAGAGUACACAAAUUGAUCUGCAAUUUUGUGCCUCUCUUGGGGAGUUGAGAAUAACAGGGUGUCCUAAUCUAGAGGCUGUUCCAAGUUUAGACAAGCUCACAUCCCUCCGUGAGUUGACGAUUUAUGAUUGUUCCAGAUUAACAUGUCUACCCAGUGGGUUAGCAAUGGCAUCCCCACACGUAUUCACCCGUCUCAAGGAAUUGACACUUGGUCCGUUUUGGAAUGAGCUGGAUUCAUUCCCUGCUUUUCAGGUUCUACCACAACUUGAAGAAUUAAGUAUCUACGGGUGGCCUAAGCUCAAGUCUCUGCCUGAACAAAUUCAACACUUGAUGUCUUUGACCCAUUUGUGGAUACAGGACUUUGAGGGAGUGGAGGCCAUUCCAGAUUGGUUGGGCAACCUUGCAUCUCUUCACUGGUUAGUUAUUUGCAGAUGCGAGAAUCUGAUGUAUCUACCUUCCGUCCAAGCUAUGCACCGCCUCACCAAAUUAGAUUCGCUAUACAUCACCGAAAGUCCCCUUUUGAGCGAAAGAUGCAGCGGCCCAGAAUGGCCCAAGAUUUCUCAUAUUCCAAACGUCCAAGUAUGAGCGUGGAUGGUUGUGACGCAUCAAGAAUAAGAGCUGCCUGCUGCUGGUAUAAGUCAAUUUGGAAUUGCUCGAAAUUUUGCAGUAAUAUGUGAGCAUCUACAAUUCAAUAUCAUCUCUCUCCAGCAUGGCAGGAUAUCACCUUUAACUGGAAAAAGGUGGUUUGAUGCUCGUCUUGUUGUUAAAAAUAUUAAGAGCCACUCCAAUUGCUACAGGAAGUGGUUAAAGCAUAGCAUAUAUUGGCCAUGAUAGAUUCAGUUAUGGCCUUAAUGGCAGUUUGGGGAUUUUCAUGAGCACAAUUUAUUUGGAUAUCCUGAUUUUCAAAGUUUGUGGGUAAAUCCAGGACCUGAUGACUCUUCCUUAGUGUCGAGCCAAGCAGCGAAACCUUUUGGUUUGUGUCUUCAAACUGUUUAAUGGAGAACUUUUAAUGGCUUGUAGCUUGAAGGUCUGCCCAAAUUUUUUGUUCCUGUCUUCGUCAAGACUCAAGACAGCAUCAAAUAUAUGCGCAAAACUGGUCCUUGUAAUUUUUCAGCAAGACUAUGGGACUAUAUUUUCACCAUUUUGGUACUGGGGACUUACAAUGUCGAGCAGUUGACCAGUUCUGUUGUACCAUAGAGCAACUUUUAUCAUUCUACUUUGUGUCUUUUCUUGGAGAUUUCUCUAACUCUUUGGAUUUUCUUAGUUUGAACUUUGAAGGAAGAUGACAUCAUGGUUCCAAAGAGUCACUGGAGUUGGCUUUUGGAGAGAUAUUGAAAGCUGGUUGAGAACAUACUGGGAUGCCGGUUCAUAAUAUCUUUCCAAUCCUUAUCUCCAGGUGGCUUGACAGUUUAGAUUUAAUGGAAGAAUUGUUUGUCAAUCAUUCUCCAAAGAAAACAACCAAGUUGCAGAUGCUUUUGCAGAUUGGAAGACAAUCAAUUCAUUCACUAUUUUGAUUUGGGAGGGGCGUAUUCUGUAGGUCGGUGUUUAGGAGUUUUAUUCAAUAGGAGAAACAACAGUUGUGCAAUAGGCGCAAAGAGAGUCCAGGUGAAGAAGGUGGUUGCUCUUGUGCUGCCAUGAAAGUAAUAAAAGGCACUCCAGUUGAUACAGGAAGUGGAUAUCGGUCAUGAGAUAUUCAGUACAUUAUGGUGGUUUCAGUGUGUUGAUGGGCACGAUUUCUUUGGAUAUCCUAAUUUCUGAAGGCACACUAAAAAAUUUCCUAAAUAUAUUGUCUGCAAUUGGGUCUGAUUCAUCCUUACUGCCCAGCCAAGCUGAACAUCAAGUUCCCUUUCAGCAAAAGAAGCUCUCAGUCUGCCUCCAAACUGUUGAAUGUGGCAUAUUCAGCUCCCAAGUUUACUACUUUUUGCUGUUCAAAUUCUUGAUGGAUGUGGCUUAUGCUCGUAAUGAAUUCUUAUCUGAAGAGAGAAAACUGGGGCUUGAGGACGCAUCGGAAGAGAGCAGUGGAGUAAUAAUUUAACAAAGCUGUCAUUAGACAGAGGCUUCAGGACUUGGAAGGUAUACAAAAGGCUCUUGUUCAUUGCUGCGGAUUCUGUAGUCAUGUGCAGCUUCCAUUAUUGCAGCAAAUUUUCCAUUUGUUGUUGUACCAAUAAUACACAUAGAAGCGUCUUCUUGACUUGAGCUUGGUAUCAAACAUGAAAAAAGAAGUCUCCUUUUAAUUUC